AUGGCUGUCGAAGAAGCUCCUCUGAAUGAUGAUGAUGAUACCCAGAUCAAAGCAGUAGGGAAGGACCCGCUUGGGGGAGAAGACAAGGAAGCCGAGUGCAGAACAGUCCCCCGGAAGACGGGCCUCUUCAUCUUCUUCAAGGAUGCAAGGUAGGAACCUCUUCCUACCCAGGAAGACUUGUCAACAGUGAAGAGAGAGAAAAGCAGGGGAAGGAGAUCAGAAGCUCUGUUCAUGCAAGUUCCAUCUCUGAUAAAGUUUCUCUUCUCUGAAAGGAAUGCACUGAAGCUGGACGCAAUGGGCCUGGAGAUCGCAGGGAUCGCAGUCCCGGCGGCUCUGGCCUUGGCGGCCGACCCUCUUGCUUCACUGGUGGACACCGUAUUUGUAGGACAGAUUGGUACAUUCUCUCUCUCUCUCUCUCUCUCUCUCUCUCCUGUCUUCCAUCUGCACGUAAUUUUUCUUUCAGGGUUUUGGUUUCUGAUCCUGCUGCCCUUUAUCUUCGUCCAAAAAUUGUGGGUCCGGUCUACUUCUCUUUGUUUUCGAAAAGAAAUAAAACAUUUAUAAAAUGAAAUAAAAUAAAAUUCGCACAGUAAAACACCAGAUCAACAGAAAUCAUGCGCCCCACUGAAAAAAUAAGGGCGAAAAAGCAAAGUUCAUCCAGAUACACUAACCUCGUUGGGUGGAGCGCAGGGCCCGUGGAGCUCGCCGCUGUUGGGGUCUCCAUCGCCGUCUUUAAUCAGAUAUCGAAAGUGGCCAUCUACCCCAUCGUCAGCGUCACCACCUCCUUCGUCGCAGAGGAGCACGCCGCCCUCCAAGAGAAGGCUUCCUCCGCCAUCGCCACUGCCGCCGCCGCCGGUGGGUAGACAUUUCCGCCUCAAAUGCCAUCCAUCCCUACAUAGGACACAGGCUGUGACAGCAAGAUCAAGAGCCUCUCAGCCUCGGAUCUAUAUGCCUUUUAUUAUAUGAAAUAAUCUGUGUACACACAGUGGGUUGGGUCCCACUGCCACGUGCAGGAUGACCAUCAGCCCUCCCGGACUUCUGGACUGGAAAUGUGUAGAACAACCCUUUAUAAAUAUAUAUAUAUAUAUAUAGAUAUAAAACCUAUUUUAGAAAGAUAAAGCGGAGCACUGAAAAAUGGUGCGAUUAUUUCGCAAGUAUUUUUCUUCUUGAAAUAAUCCCCCUUCAAAGUUUUUAUUUAUUUAUGUGUUUUAAAAGGUCCUUAGGAAAGUAUGAUAAAGAAAUAUAUACAAUUAUUGUGUGUUCCAUACAGAUGCAGAGGAUCCCAGGAGAGACUGCGUGUAUGGGCAGAGAAGGCAGUUCAUCCCAUCGGUUUCCUCAGCGCUGGUGGUCGGGGCAGUGCUCGGGCUUCUUCAGGCUCUGCUGCUUGGCUUCGCAGCAAAGCCAUUCUUGCGCCUCAUGGGAGUAAAACCUGUAAGAUUAACAACAAACCUAUAUAUAUAUAUAUAUAGAUAUAUUUACAUGCAUAUAUAACAUUGUGAAAAUUGGAUUGGAAGAGGCAAUAACUUUCCUCUGAAGAAUUAACACUUUCCACCUGUGAUCACCAUGGUCAAAGGUUUUGGACCCUUAUUUCCACGUGCCUAAGCAUUUCCAAUCUCUCUCUCUCUCUCUCUCUCUCUCUCUCUCUCUCUCUCUCUCUCUCUCUCUCUCUCUCUCUCUCUCUCCCUCUCUCUCUCUCCCUCUCUCUCCCUCUCUAUGUACAUUUAUAUAUAUAUAUAUAUCUACCUUCAGAGAUGUCAUGCAAUUCAGAGAGGGGAAAUAAGGGAAUAUACCUAAGCAGCAUGGGGCAGAUGGGGAAAUGAAAAUUGAACAGAAGUGGAGACAGCCGGUUGCCUCCAUUGACUAGCUCCCCCAUUCCCAUCGUUCCUGCAUGGAGCAGACACAGAACUCAUGUUAUUCAUCCACCUGCAACCAUGUUUCCCCAUUUUUCAGGAGCAUAACCACGAACCUACAUUUUUUUUUCCCCUUCUCGUGAUUCUCAUUCCUGCACAUUCCGACUAGCUUAGCUAGGAAGCUCCUGCUUCUGUAAGGGGUUUGUACGUAAGCUUUUCAUCUGACAGGGUUCACCUAUGAUGACUCGAGCACACCGGUACUUAUCACUGAGGUCAAUUGGUGCUCCUGCCGUGCUCCUGUCUCUGGCCAUGCAGGGGGUUUUCAGAGGGUUUAAAGACACAAAGACUCCUCUAUAUGCCGUCGGUAAGCUCACUGUCAGGCCUUCCUUCCGGCUUCAGAAUCUCUGUCGGGUUUUCUUCUAACAGACGAAGCUCCUAGUUUUCCACUCUUUUGGGUUAUGUAGAAUAUGUGAUUAUCCUUUGGCUGGAAGGGAACCUGUUCUUCUGAAAACUUCCAAUUUUAUAUAUAAAAGCAGAUGAACUCGAAAAUGAAGCUGAACUUGUAAACUGGAGAUUUAGUGACCGACAUUAUCAAGAUUUCGAAGCCAUCCGAUUUCUAUUUUCGGAAUUAUUUUUCAUACCGCAUGUAGGAAUGCAAUUUCCAUUUCACUGAAAGAAUUUUCUUGCAUGAUCAUAAGUGGCCACGGAUGAAUCAAAGGGCAUUCAUUUUCUAUCUUGAUUCACUACCACAGAACCGAUUUAUUUUAUUCACUACUAGAUUGUAACCAAUCUCCCUCUCCUCGGAAUGAGAAUUAGUCUAGAAAAUCGAUUUUAUUUUAAUUUUUCAGCAAUGAAUGCAUUACCAAUCUGAUAUUGUUCCAUCUCACGUCAUGGGCUUCAAGACCAUAAUCUACUCUUUUUCUUUUCCCUUCUCAUUUCACAAUUCAGUGGCAGGAGAUGUCACCAACAUUGUAUUAGAUCCGAUUUUCAUAUUUGUCCUACGUUGGGGUGUCGCUGGUGCAGCCAUUGCUCAUGUUAUAUCUCAGUAAGCACUCCAAAUCUCUAUGGCUUUCAACAGAUUUGUCAUUGAUCCAUUUCUUUUCUACUUUUCUAUUGGGGGUGGGGGGUGGUUCUAUGAGAGUUCUUAUUGAAUGCGGUAACUGUAGGUAUCUAAUUUCGGCAAUACUGCUGUGGAGAUUACUAACCAAAGUUCAAGUUAUUCCAUCAGAUGUCAGAGAUCUAAAAUUUAGUCGCUUUCUCACAUGUGGUAAGAUGCUUCUUUCUCUGCUCCUAUCCGAUUCCUAAUGAAACUUAGUGAUUUUACAACAGCAUUGCUCAGCUUCUCAUGCUGACAGUAACGACGUAAUUGUACGUUCUGUAUUCUUAGCACAAAAAUAAAUAACUAAUAUAUAUACAUAUAUAUAUGAAUGAAACUUCUUUACCAUUUCUGUAGCCUCCACGUUUCAGGAUUUCAUCACAACAUUGUUAGCGUGCAUGAGCCGUCAGCAUAACAUCGCCUGAUAUGUCAGCACACCCAUAACUUAAAACAGUUCACAUAGACAUUGUACCUCCCUUGGGCGGUGCAGAGGAGUAGAUAGAAGAAAUCAGUCUACCUCCCCUCAAUAUCACCUUGAGAGGGCAAGCGAAAAUAAAAGCUCAAAAGAAGUUGAUGCAGGGAAGACAGUUUAUAUGAAAUGAUAAACUAGAAUCCUUAUUCAAAAUCCUUAUGACGUACCUUCCUUGUUCACCUAUGCCUUUGAAAAGAAAAAUUGAAGGAUCAUAAAAGAACUUCUCGUAGUUGAGAUUGCAAGCAGAAUAUCUUGAGCUUCCCUCACAGCCCUUGCUGUGGUCUGCCAACAAAAUAACCUUUUGUUUGCUUUAGAUCUUACCUCUCAAUAUAAGCCUUUGCAUAGUGGCGUCUGAAAACCUGAGAAUGCUCCUAUGUCAUGCUAAUAUAUUCGGAUCCACGCCUCUAAUUUUGGUCCCAUAUUUUUUGAGAUGAACAGGAUUUUUACUGCUGGCGAGGGUAGUAGCAGUUACUUUCUGUGUAACACUGGCAGCAUCACUUGCUGCUUGCCGUGGACCGAUUGCAAUGGCAGCAUUUCAAGUCUGUUUGCAGGUUUGGUUAUCAACAUCGCUUAUUGCAGAUGGAUUGGCAGUUGCAGGGCAGGUAAGAAACUCUUAGCACGGCAAUGUUUCCAUUUGUAGUAGAAGCACAUAAUAUUCAGCAUGUCAAAAUCUACAAAUAAACUGUUCAAAUAAACUAUUCAGCAUAUCUGAUUUCAAUAAAAUCACAGCAGGUCAAAAUCUACAAAUUCCUACACUUUUCUAUCAUGUAAACUAAACCAUUUGCGAGACCAUUAAAUUCCUCUAACUUCAUACCUUCAUGGAAAAUUCAACGAGUUCAUAUUCUUCUUCAGGCGAUCAUAGCCAGUUCAUUUGCCACAGGAGACCAUCAGAAAGCAGUGGCUGUUGCUUCUCGUGUGUUGCAGGUGCAUCAUGUCACAUUCUACCAGAAAUAUUCUUCUGAAGUUCUUAAGUAUUCAUUAUUCAUUGAUAUCAUCACAGUUGGGUAUUAUUCUGGGAUUGGGACUCUCUGCUGUUAUCGGAAUUGGCAUGAAGUUCGGAUCAGGAAUAUUCACAAAAGACAAGAAUGUACAGAAAUUAAUCCACACCGUAUUACCGGUAAGUAACCUUGGACUCAUCCCUUUCGACUGAAAAAAGAUAAAAUUGAGAGACAUCUUUGAGCUCUCUACAUAUCUGUACCAUGAAUCCACGUACAAGGUCUUUCUAGAUUCGAAAACAACAUGAUAUCUGCAUGGAUUUUCAUCCGGAUAAAUCAUUCACUAACAAAUGGCAUCUCUAAUAUCACAUACAGUUUGUGGCUGCUACACAACCAAUCAAUUCGUUGGCCUUCGUUUUUGACGGUAUCAACUUCGGAGCAUCAGAUUAUAUAUAUUCAGCUUAUUCUAUGGUAUAUUAAUUCAAACCUCUAUCACUAGGGAAAGUAAUAAAGAGAAACUGUUUAUUUCGCUUGCGUAUGAACUAACCACUUCCAUUCAGGUUCUGGUGGCUAUUCUCAGCGUCAUUUCCCUGUUUAUGCUCUCUUCCAGCCAUGGGUUCAUUGGAAUUUGGAUUUCUUUAACAAUCUACAUAAGUUUGCGGAUGUUUGCGGGUAUUUGGAGGUACAUUAACAACUUUUCUAAACGAUAUUUACUCAUUUAGAUAAACCACUAAUGAGUGAGAGAAUGAUUUCUCUGCUUCAACGAUUCACCACAAGAAAUCCUGUUUUCAAUAGGUUUAUUUAUUAUUUCACUAAUAGAGACAAUAAAAAUGAUUAUAAAGAAAGAAUGAGUUGGUUAGAAUCUUAAAAGUAUCUGAAUUUUUAAUUAUCAGAAAAGUUUAAAACUUUUAUGAAGAUCUUAUUGAUGUGUCAAUAGGAGUGGCAUUCCACACCGAUGAAAAUCAUGCCCCGAGUAAAUACAAAAAAUAGUAAAUGGAGGAAAUAUGGAAAAAAUAAAAUUAGCGUUCAGCUGUUUAAGGUUCAGAUGUCAGAUUACCUUUUGCACAUGGCUUACACCUUUCUGACCAACUAUGUUAAAAGGACCAUCCUCUGUUACUAAAGUAUAGUUUAAUUGUAUGUUUUUCACAUUUUGAAACUACCAACCAGUAUUUUGUUCCUCUAGGCUCUUCAAUCAACCACAGUCUUUAAGAGAACGAUAAGGUACGGUGUUCCAGUUCAUGCUGAAUUAGAAACCUUGAAUCCUUUAAGGAGUACAUUCAGAGUUAUCCGGAGAAAUAUCCUCCAAGACAUAGAUAACCUUUUGGCAACCUGAUUGCCCAUUAUGGAUGAACAUGGAAUCAGGUGUUUUAUCUGAUUAAGUAUACAAAAGUUUCCAGCCUUAUACCACUCAGACCUCCAGCAAUAUCCACUCCGAGGAAGGCAAACGUCAUGAAGAGUUCUAAAACUCUUAAACUACAAGCUAUAAUCAUAUAUUUCGCAUUUUUAUGUCCUAUUGCUAGAUCUCAUAAAAGAUAAUCAAAUCUAAUACCUUAUUUUUCAGUUUUAGUUGUCAAAUCUGAAUGAAAUAUUUCUAUCCUAGGUAUCUUUACAAAGAGAGCGUUAAUCUGGGCCUGAAAAAGACUAAUUUCACUCACCGAUUAAUUAUUUAUUCCCGGCAAAACCAAAUGUGUUGACUAUAAUUCUUUUAUAUUAAUUUACCUUUACUUUCAGGAUGGGUGCUGCGCAAGGGCCAUGGAACUUCCUCGGUCAUUUAUCAAUCUCUCGUUGA